AUGGCCUACCAAUCUUCACAAAACCAAACUUACUUCCCACAACAACAGUCCUCUUAUCCACAAUAUUCUCAAGAGGGAUACGGCGACAACACAAAUUACAGUGGACACGACGCUUCAUAUGGCCACGAUACCUCAUACGGCCACAAUACCUCAUACGGCCACGAUACUUCAUAUGGCCAAAACACAUCAUAUAAUAACGGUUAUUCAUCACCCAAAGGUGUCUACCCGCCCCCGACAUCCUACACACAAAAUCCCUACGAUACUCCAUUUGAUGACCCACAACAACCGCCAAAAAACUAUUACUCGUCAGGAUACCCAACCGAUUACAACCUAACGCCAGACGAUUACGCAUCUACUGUACAGUUACACAAUGAUGGACGAGACGCACCGGUUCCGUCCAAACCAUCCGAUUAUGGCGGGAGAGACUCGAUGUUAGAGUCAAAAGAAUAUGGUUCGCCCCUCGACCGAGGGAAGAAGGAAAAGAAGAAGUACAAGUUCAUGAUUAUCACAGUGUUUGUGCUCGGAAAGAAACCUACAGUUCAGUUCUUGGGAACGACACCACCGCCUGAUGGAAAGCCGUCGUAUGUAAAUAAGGGUGCCGCAUUAGAUUUUAACUUGGGACUUCGGUUUAAUGUCAUAAAUCCAAACAUCAUUGGGGCGACGUUCUCCAGGAUCCAAGCUACGGCAUUCUAUCCUAAUCAUACUACCGCGAUUGGAGGUGGUUCUAAAGACAACGUAGAGAUCAAGGCCAAAUCUAAUACGACGUUGAAUUUCCCCUUCUCAAUCAACUAUAAUUCAACAGAAGAUCCUAAUCUGGAAAUCAUCAGUGAUAUAGUCAAGAAAUGUGGUCUUGCUGGUGGCCCAAAGCAACCAAUUCAAAUCAAUUAUACGUUGAAACUCAGCCUGAAAGUACUAGGAAUCCCUAUCACAGUUAGUUCUGAUCGCGACACAAAAAUUGAUUGUCCAAUUCAGGAUGGAAAAGUACCAGCAAUACCUGGUCUUGAUAUCGGAUCCCUGGGCAAUUCGAUACCCCAGAAAAUAAAAUCCUAG